UCAAAAAAUAUCGCCUGAUAAAGGGAACCAAUCAAGCAUGGCUACGAAGCGUGUAUCGGAUGUUCAAAGUUCAGCAGAGAUGGCUAGCGAAAAGAAGCAGAAGCAAGUUAGAGUGUGGGUCGAUGGAUGUUUUGAUAUGGUUCACUUUGGCCAUGCAAAUGCCAUUAGACAGGCGAAGCAAAUGGGAGAUUAUCUGAUAGUUGGAGUGCAUUCAGAUGAGGAAAUAUCCAAGCACAAGGGUCCCCCAGUUUACAAUGAACAAGAAAGAUACAAGAUGGUUCGAGCCAUAAAGUGGGUAGAUGAGGUUGUAGAGGACGCACCUUAUGUCACUACAUUAGAAACACUUGAAAAAUAUAACUGUGAUUUCUGUGUUCAUGGAGAUGACAUCACAGUGACAGCUGAUGGAACCGAUACUUACCAUCUGGUCAAAGCAGCAGGAAAGUACAAAGAAUGCAAGAGAACAGCAGGAGUAUCAACUACUGAUCUUGUAGGAAGGAUGUUACUGGUGACCAAAUCACACCAUGAAAGAGACGAAGAGAAGGCUGUGGACAAGAACCAAGCCGGAGACAUUGGAUCAGGUAGCACUGCCUCGAGUCCCUGGACUGGUGUGUCACAAUUCCUCCCAACCUCCAACAAGAUCAUCCAGUUCUCCUCCGGAAAGGAACCCAAACCUGGCGACAAAAUUGUCUAUGUGGCAGGGGCUUAUGAUCUCUUCCAUCUAGGACAUUUAGAUUUUCUAGAAAAGGCCAAAGCAGAGGGGGACUUUGUGAUAGUUGGACUACAUACAGACCCUGCUGUAAACAGAUACAAAGGCUCGAACUACCCAAUCAUGAACUUGCAUGAAAGAACGCUAAGUGUGUUAGCUUGUAGGUAUGUGUCAGAGGUUGUUAUUGGGGCUCCUUAUGCAGUGACAGCUGAUCUCAUGGACCACUUUAAGGUUGAUGUCGUCUGCCAUGGACAAACUCCCAUCAUGCCCGAUGUUGACGGUGCUGAUCCUUAUGCUGAGCCAAAAAAGAGAAACAAAUUCAAGCUGUUGGACAGUGGAUGUGAACUGACAACACAGAUGAUCAUAGAGAGAAUCAUUUCUCAUAGGUUAACAUACGAGUCCCGCAACAAAAAGAAGCAGGACAAAGAACUGAAGAUUCUUGCCAUGUUGGAAAGAGAAAACAGUGGAUAAAAGCCAUAAAGAAAAAGUGCUCAAGACUAUUUUCUUGACUGAAUUUAAUAUGUAGAUUAGAGACGGCAGACCUAACAUUUUACUAAAUAAAUGGGGUCCUUUUCUGUACUUAGAACUUUUCAAAUAGAUACAUGUAUUGUAUACUGGUAUUAAUGUUAAGGCAUGGUAUAUUGUAAGACAGUUUGAUUUUGUUUUGUUUACUAGUUUAGAUGUCUCAAGCUUUUUGACACCAGACAUCGAUCAGUAAGUGUAGAAUAUUGAUGCAUAUAAACCAGCUCUGUUUGGUGGUUAUAUGCUGCUAUUGGUUCAUCCCAUUUAUUAUGAAGAUGAACUCAAAUAAUGCUGAUCAAACAAAAGAAACCACAUGUACAUGUAUGACUUAGCAGCUUUUCAUUUUAUUUCACUAUUUUGAAAACCAAACUCAGUUUUUAUUUCCUACUCUGUGAUCAAUGUUCUUAUUUAUUGCUCUUGUUUAUAUAGUAUAAACACUUAUUGUUAGGUUUUACUUAACAAAUAAGAACACAACUUCAUAUUGAAGUAAGUUUAUUAUAUGAUUUCCUUUGUUUUCUCUCUGUGAGAAAGUUUCUACUUGAAUUCAGAUUUUAGAAAGAAUACUAUAAUAGCCUGAGAACAAACAUCCUUGCUGUAAUAAUCUCAGACUGUUCUUUUCUGUUGAUAUUUCAUAUACAUGUAAUUUCGAGUCAUAUUUAUUUGCAUUCUCUAAGAGAAAUAUUAUAGUUAGCAAAGAUAUGGCAGUGCAAUUAUAUGUUAUAGUAAAUAUUAGUAUUUAUCUAUGUGUGUUUUACAGGAUUAUGUUAUUUUUAUUUAACAUUUUUAUCAAAUUUCUUAUACUUGUGUGCUGCUGUGUAAAAUUUUUAUUCUGCUUGACAGGAGAGCUUGUGAUAUCAUACUAUAUAUAUUUGUAAAUUAUUAUUUUUUUUUUGCGUUUAAAUACAUGUUGUUUCAAUGUCUCCGUGAAAUCCGGAUUCUUUCAAGUACAUUAGCAUGUGUAUCUUAUGGUGGGAAAAGUUUUUAUUGCAUUUUCCUUAUGUGUAUUUGCUUUACCUUAAUUUCCAGCAUUCUUGGAAAAGCAUUAUUGCUAUGGCUUUAAAAUGUCUGUUUAUCGAGCUCAUUUACACAUGAAGUCAAAUUAAAUAGCGUCACAAAGUAAUAUUUAAUAUUAUCUUCAAAGAAAGUGUAUUGUCUCAUUUAUCUUCACUUAUUUUGACAACAUUCGAUCAUUCCAUUGGGUAAAUGUAUUUUGACAAUCCUUGCAUAAUACUGAAAUAAAUUUUGGGUAAUAAGCAA